AUGCCUUCGCUUAAUUCCUUCUUAUUGCUUCUGUUCGCAGUCACCGCCUGUAGCGCUUCUAUAUUCCUGGAACAGAAAGACGGAGACGACAAGGAGUGUCACAUUCUCAAGAACGAGCCGAUUCACGAGGUCAUGGACCAGAUUUGCGACAUGUGCCACGAGCUGAGCUCUCAUUCCAAACCCAACAUGCGCGCCGACUGCAGGUAAUCUUUUGAGUCCCGAUUAACAGCCACGAAAAGAAGCUUCUUCGCUCAAAAACGAUAUUUCAGGUCAGAAUGCUUCUCUACAGAAACUUUCCGCGACUGCCUACGGAUAUUUUCUCCGAGACAUCACGCACACCACCACGCAGCCAGACGGAUCAGGGGUUAA